AUGCAGCAAGCCACUUCUCAGGUCCCAGCAGUGAGGUUUUUUUUCUCGGAUCUGAAUGGCAUUUCUAGCUUUUUAAGUCGGUCACCCAAACGCACCACCAUCCUCGACCAGGUUGUUGCACGGAGGUUGCCAAGAGCAUCGGCCACAAGAUGGAACUUCAACAGCAGGGUCGUGAACACAGUCUAUGAGAACCUAGAUGACUUCAUAGAGUGUUUUGAAGCCAUCAGCACAGACGGCUCAUUUGACUGCACCACAGUGAGGGAGGCAUCUGGCUACCUGAGGAUGCUGCAGGACGAUGACUUCAAGUUUUUCCUGCAUCUAUUUCAUCAAAUCAUGCCUCACGUUGACAUUAUGUACCAACAGCUGCAGAAGAAGGACAUUGAUGCAGUCUUCAUCAAACGUGCUCUGCAGAGCUUCACAAGCAGUGUUCAAGCCAUACGGGACCAGAGCUCAUCUCCAGAGCAGCAGCAAGUAGCAGCAGGAACUACAGGAAAAAGGAGGGCCUUCGGAGAGCAAGACAAGCAGAGGCUGUCUAAGGAGGUCUGUGACACCAUCUUGGGCCAUGCAAACGAGAGGUUCUCUUUCACAAGCCACCUUGUGAGUGCAACGCUGCUACAAGGAGACCUGUUUGAGCAGUACUGCCAUGUUUUCCCUGAUGAGGCUCUGAACACCACUGCCAAGGCAUACCCCAUGCUGAAUAAGGCGAAGCUCAAGACUGAACUGUCCCUUAUCUACGAGAGUCCAGAUUUCAAGGGCUGCAGUGGUGCAUUGGCACUCUACCAGGUUCUACAGAGGAACAACCUCCACGAGACCCUAUCUGAGACUGUGGCUCUGUUGAACAUCCUCAUAACCACUCCCAUGACAACUGCUGAAGCUGAGAGGUGUUUCUCGACCUUAAAGAGAAUCAAGACAUUCCUGCGAAACUCAAUGGGACAGGAUCGUCUCAAUGCUCUGGCCAUGCUUUCCAUGGGGAGGGAACUAGUCAGGAACAUGCCUGAUUUUAAUGAGAGGGUCAUUGAUCACUUUGCUGCUUUGAAAGAGAGACGAGCAAAAUUUCAAUACAAGUGAGAAAUGUUGUUUUAAUGUUGUUGUGUUGUUGCACUACUCAAAUGUUGAAUUGGAAAUAGCUGUAUUAAUUGCAUAUCAUCAGCCAAUUUUUUUGUUUGCUUUGUAAUGUACAUGUGUCUUAUGGGUAAAUUCUUGUUAAAUAGCACCCAAUGUUUUGAUUAUCACCUUGGAUCAUUCUUGUGUUAGGAAUACUGUAAAUAUUGCAAUGAGUAGGCUAUGCCACUAGUUUUUAUAUAUGCUGUCAUCAAGUUGUGUGAUGAGAACUGUAAAUAUUAUAAUUACUAGGCUAUGCUAACAUCCAUUUUUUUGUUAAAUCAGAACACAACUGCUG